AAGAAACUUUCUUUUCUUUUCUUUGCAACUUGAAUUUCGAUCGAGAGAGAGAGAGAGAGAGAGGAAGAUCAAAAUCUAGAAAAGACUUUAAACUUUUUAUUUGAUUUUGUGUUUCUGAAAAAAAAGUCUUCAAGUCUUUGAUUAUCUUUCUGCGUUUUUCACCGUUCAUCUCUCUCUAUCUUGUGGGAGAAAUGAAAAAACUGCUCCUUGCUUUGUUCUUGCUUCUUAAUCUCUUUGCGUUUUCAUCUCCUCGGAAACUCAAAUCUUUCCACGACCAAACUGCUCUGCUGGAGUUGAAGACCAGCUUCUCCGAUCCACACGGUGUUCUGUCCACCUGGGAUCCAACCAUCUCAAACCACUGUUAUUGGUUUGGCGUCUCUUGCAACUCAGAUCUCAGAGUCGUCUCCUUAAUCCUCAAAGGCCACGACGAGAGUACUAAACUCGGUGGUGAGAUCUCUCCCGUGGUUGGAAGCCUCACCGAGAUUAGGGUUUUAUCUCUUCCUUUCAACAAUCUUGUUGGUCAGGUCCCAAAUGAGAUCUGGAAGUUGGAGAAACUAGAAUUGCUUGACCUACAAGGCAACAACUUUAGGGUUUCAUCUCUUCCUUUCAACAAUCUUGGAGGUCAAGUCCCAAAUGAGAUCUGGAAGAGGUUAAAGAAACUAGACUUGCUUGACCUACAAGGCAACAACUUUAGGGCUCAGAGCUUCCACUUUAGGAAACUCAUGAAUCUUGAAGAAGAAGAAACCGAAGUGACUCCAAGCAAAACCGGAUUAUACCCAAUCGAGAUAGCUUCCAUCGUCUCGGCUUCAGUCAUAGUCUUCGUCCUUCUCAUCCUCGUCAUUUUAUUCAUCUACACAAGAAAAAAAUCGAAACGUAACGCACAAGUUCAAGUAAUCGAACCAAAAGAGAUCAAACUCUUUGUAGACAAUGGUAACAUCAACACCCCUCCUCUGACCUACGAGAGCAUCGUUAGAGCCACCGGCUACUUCAGCAACUCAAACUGUAUCGGACACGGUGGAUUCGGUUCAACAUACAAAGCCGUACUCUCUCCAAACAAUGUCUUCGCUGUUAAAAGACUCUCUGUUGGUAGGUUCCAAGGAGACCAACAGUUCCACGCAGAGAUCUCAGCUCUCGAAUUAGUUAAACAUCCGAAUCUCGUCAUGCUAAUAGGUUACCACGCGAGUGAGACAGAGAUGUUUCUUAUCUACAACUACUUGUCCGGAGGGAACCUUGAAGACUUCAUCAAAGAAAGAUCAAACCCUGCUCUUGACUGGAACGUGCUUCACAAGAUAGCUCUCGAUGUGGCGCGUGCUCUCGCUUAUCUCCACGAUGACUGCUCUCCUAAAGUCUUGCAUAGAGAUAUCAAACCGAGUAACAUAUUGUUAGACAACAACUAUAAUGCCUAUCUGUCUGAUUUUGGUUUGUCUAAACUCUUGGGGACAUCUCAGUCUCAUGUGACAACAGGAGUGGCUGGCACGUUUGGUUAUGUUGCUCCUGAAUAUGCUAUGACAUGUCGUGUCUCGGAGAAAGCAGAUGUUUAUAGCUAUGGGAUUGUUAUCUUGGAGUUGAUAUCUGAUAAGAGGGCUUUGGAUCCUUCUUUCUCGUCGCAUGAGAAUGGUUUUAAUAUUGUCUCGUGGGCUCAUAUGAUGUUGAGUCAAGGGAAAGCUAAGGAGGUUUUCACUAAGGGACUUUGGGAGAGUGGUCCUCAGGAUGAUUUGGUUGAGGUUUUGCAUUUAGCACUCAAGUGUACUGUUGAUAGUUUAUCGAUAAGGCCGACGAUGAAACAAGCUGUGAAGCAGUUGAAACGAAUCAAUCCUUCUAGAUUUUGAUACAGAAGAAGAUGAAGAAAAGUGUGUUAGUUUUAGAAGCUUUGUAGCUUUUUUGUUUGUUUAAGUUUGUUUUGUUGUUUUCAGAGUAGGAGGUUUUUUUUUCAUGUGUACUACUACUCUACUCACACCAUACGCAUCAUUCCCUGAAAACUUGAUAAUGUGUUGUGUACAAAUAUAAUCUCAGUAAUGUGAGGUUGGACCAGAUAUAAAGC